AUGAUUAAACUAAAUCCGAUUUGUUGUAAAAAUUAUUAUGUGCCAUUAAAGUUAUUUAGUCGUCAUUUGAAAGUGGCAAGGCGUAAAAAUUAUAUCAAACCACCGAAGGUACAAAAAAUACAGGCACAUACUGCUUAUCUGAAAGUAAUUGGAUCAGGUGCCCCUGAUCAACCGGCCUCAGUAGUUCUCAAAACAACAACUAAAACCUAUCUCUUUAAUUGUGGUGAUGGAAUAAAAGCCUUGGCACAAAAUGCUAAAGUAUCAUUAGAAAAUAUUAAUCAUACAUUUUUUACACAAUCAAAAUGGAAUUGUAUUGGCGGUAUGACAAGUGUAAUUUUUGCAACAAUUGCCAACUCUGGUUAUCUACCUUCAAUUCAUGGACCAAAUAAUUUAGAUAAUAUCUUCAGAAGGAUGUCAUUUCUGUCAAUCGUUGGUAGUAUGUUCAAAAAUCGUUUUACACCAGAAACAUAUAAGUCAUGCGAACCAUUUGAAGAUAAUGAUUUAAUUAUCGAACCGAUUCAAUUGAAACAUUGGAACGAAACUGCCUUCAUUUACUUAUGCACAUUAAAAGCAUGCAAAGGAACAUUUUCGGUAAGCAAAUCGGUAUUGAAAAAUGUUCCACCACAUUUAGUAAUAAAAUUACACCGCGGAGAAGAUGUCAGUCUGGACGAUGGUACUAUUGUAACAGCAAAUGAGGUGAGAAAUCCAGACUAUCCAGAAGUUCAUUUCAUUGUUGUUGAUGUACCACAUAAAGGUUAUCUUAAAGAUUUGGCAACGAAUAUCAAAUUGGAAAGCUUAUUACACGAAUCAAAAUUACCAAAUGUUGAGCUUAUUAUCCAUUUUACACCAAAAGAUGUGUUUGAAACAUCACGCUAUCAAUAUUUCAUCAAAUCCAUUAAUCCGAAAAGGAACAUGAUCUUAAACGAUAUGAACACACAUUCUUGCAUGGAAAGUGUAUACAAAUUACAGGAAAAGCUACAUACGAUCGAUUCAAAAAUUCAUCCUUUGCUAAGCACGCAACUGGAUACGAGCCACAAAAUAUUUGACCCAUAUGAUUGUAUGAGCGAACAAACAUCAACAUUUUACACUAAAUAUAUAUUUCGCAAAACACAAGAUGAUGAUUUUUUGAGAGAUGUUGGUGAGGAAACGGAAUCGUUUCUAAUAAAUGACGAUUCCGGUGAAAAACCGGAAAAACAGUUUCAUUUGUGCACACAAAAUGUUCCAUCAAAGCUUGAAAAUGAACAAUUUCCGAGAAUCUUAUUUUUGGGCACGGGUGCAUCCGAUUCACAUUCCUUGCGUGGUCAAUCUGCAAUUUUAGUUCAUUUAUCGAAUACCGACGCAUUUCUACUAGAUUGUGGCUCUGGAACGUGUUCUCAAAUCAAUCGAUUUUAUGGCAAAGAAGCGCCAGAAAUAUAUCGGCGUUUAAAAGGUGUUUAUAUAUCACAUAUGCAUUUAGAUCAUCACAUUGGAAUGCCAGAAGUAUUUCGAUAUCGGUUGCGAUAUUUACCAGCUGACCGUGAACCAUUACGGAUAUUCUGUCCGGUGGAGGAUUUUAAAUCGUGGAUUUUAUUUUAUUCCAAGAACGUUGAAUCCAUAAACCACGAUAUGAAACUUAUCGAUAACGAUGUCUUGUUGUAUGAUAAAUUAAACUUUCAUGAAAAAGUGUACCUGAACAUUGAUUCGCUUAAAACGUGUGCAGUUAAUCAUUUUAAAAAAUCAUACGCUUUAACGAUGAAUUUUUCAUAUCGUAAUGGAGAUAACGUGGAAACAUUUCGGCUUGCGUACAGCGGUGACACAGGCCUGUCUGAUGAUUUUGUGAAAUUGGGACAUAAAGCUGAUCUUUUAAUACAUGAGGCAACUUUUCAAGACGCACUAACAGACCUUGCUGAUAAAUCUAGACAUUCCACCAUGUCUAUGGCACUUGAGCAAAGCAAACGAAUGGAGGCUAAACACACGAUACUGACACAUUUUAGCAGUAGAUAUCAUAUUUUACCAUAUAUUGAAAAUAUCGAUGAAAAUACGGGCAUUGCAUUUGACUAUAUGGAAAUUACACCGGACGAUUUGCCCAGACUUGGCUCUUUGGUCGCACAAUAUCAAAAUGCCUUUCCAGGAGAUUUGAGAUAUCUUGAACAGAAAACCAAAAGCUAUCUAUUUCAACGUGGUUUGGAUACACCGAUAAAUGAAUGA